AGAAUCAGACUCACAGUUGGGUGAUCUUCACAUUGAUCGUAAUUCUGUGCUCCAAACGUGGCCUAAAACUAUCGGAUACCAUCACGACCUUGGCAUCUGCACCACCCAGGACAUCGACAUGAUGCUCAACCACAUGAACAACGCUCGCUUCCUGCGGGAAUUGGACUUUGCCCGGUACCACUGGUAUGGCCGAACGGGAUUUUGGACGAAAUUGCGUGCACUAGGCGGUUCGGCCGUGCAAGCUUCCGCCAUGAUUCGCUACAGGAAGCUGAUUUCGCUAGGUCAUCCGUUCCGGAUAGAAACCAACAUGGUGUGGUGGGAUGAGAAGUGUAUAUUUUUCGAGCACAAGUUCAUCACGCUGUUCGAUGGCUUCGUUCGAGCGGUGGCCACUUCCAGGCAGGCGAUUACGGGGGUGGAACUGGAUGCUGUGAUACGGCAGUUCGAGGACGGUCGGACGAAACCAGAACAACCGGAAGAGAUUCGACACUGGAUGAGUGCCGUUGAGGUAUCGAGUCGGAAGCUGAGGAAAGAUCGAUAGAUGAUUAUCCACUAUUUUCUAGUCGUUAUACAAAGGUAUUAAAACAUUUUUAUGACUUA